UUCAGUUUUCGACGACCAGCAGCGACCAAACCUUCACUUGCCCAGUCCAUCCACGGCCUCAUCAUGCUGCGGACGGCCCCCAUCAACCCGACCAAGGCGGCCCUCAGUCUCCUUCCGCCCUUCACCACAGUCACAGCGCACGCCUUCCCCUCCCUGCAACCAGCCGCUCGCUUCGACCUCAAAACAUCCUUCCUCCAAUCUCCGAUGCGCAAAGACCUUUUACAUCGCGCUAUUGUCUUUGAACGCGAUGCCAUGCGUCAAGGUUCAGCCUCAACCAAGUCUCGCAGCGAUAUGACAUACUCUACAAAAAAACUCAGACCGCAAAAAGGAUCCGGUGCUGCACGACUCGGUGAUCGGAGUUCACCCAUGCUUCGUGGUGGUGCACGGGCACAUGGCCCAAAGCCAAGAGACUUCUCGACAGAGUUGCCGAGAAAAGUGUAUAACCUGGCUAUUCGAACGGCCUUGUCACAUUUAUAUCGAGAGGGCAAGUUGACGGUUGUUCAAGGACAAAUGGAUUUGCCAACUCACAAGACGCAGACGGCAUUGGCUUUCCUUGAAGGACAUGGAUUUGCCUUGCCAGAAGAGAAGAAGCCGCUUGGUGGACGGACGCUCUUCAUUACAAACAAGCAACGGCCGAAUCUUGAACGAGCUACGGCGAAUGUGGGAUACCUGUGUGAGGUGCUGCGACUGGAUGAGAUGCUGCUCUGGGAGCUGCUCAAGUACAAUCGCAUCCUGAUUGAGCGCAAAGCUCUCACAGAACUCGAAUUCAUGACGAGAGUGAAUGACCAGUAAGCUGAUACGAUCAACGCU